CCUGAAAAAAAACCUGGAUACGCGUCACUAAAUCAAUAAUUGGGCACGUGCCCUUGUUUUUGGAAACUGUUGUGCUGAAAGGAAGAAUUAACUGGUCUUUCAACUUCAGCCUUUUUAUUGUGAGAGGGGAGAUCACAGAAGUGUUACCAUGGGGAGAACAGCAGCUAAAGAACAGUUUAAUUGGGAUGAUUAUCUGAAAGAGACUGAAUCAGUAGCUGCCCCUCUACAUUGUUUCAGACAGUCUAGAAUUCCACCUACGAAUGAUUUCAAAGUUGGUAUGAAACUGGAAGCCCAUGAUCCUCGCAAUGUUACCUCAGUUUGCAUAGCUACAGUAAUUGGAAUCACUGGUGCCAGGCUAAGGUUGCGACUGGAUGGAAGUGACAACAAAAAUGAUUUCUGGAGGCUUGUGGAUUCAUCGGACAUACAGCCCAUCGGGACCUGUGAAAAGAAAGGGGGCAUGCUGCAACCUCCUCUUGGGUUCCAGAUGAAUGCAUCUUCUUGGCCAAUGUUUCUCUUAAGAACUCUCAAUGGAGCUGAAAUGGCACCUGCAGCAUUCUUUAAGAAGGAACCACCAAAACCUGUGCCAAACUGCUUUAAAGUUGGAAUGAAACUUGAAGCUAUAGAUAGAAAGAACCCAUACUUGAUUUGCCCAGCAACCAUUGGAGAUGUUAAAGGAGAUGAAGUUUUUGUUACAUUUGAUGGCUGGAGAGGAGCAUUUGACUAUUGGUGCAGGUGUGAUUCUCGAGAUAUUUUCCCAGUUGGAUGGUGUAGCUUGACAGGAGAUGCAUUACAACCACCAGGGAACAAUGUUUCCAUUACAAAGAGCAGUGCAAAAAUCCAAUCUUCCCCUUCCAAAGUGACCCGACGUUCAAUGCAGUCUCCACAGAAAUCUGCUCCGGUACCAGCGCAACGGGGCAGGAAACCAGGUCGGGGCAAACCCCCUGGACAGUCUCCAGUUCCCAAGAAGGGCAGGUCUCCUAAAAAUAUUCCCCUGACAAAAAGCACCUCUCAUACUGAAAAUCUUAAAACAAGGAAAAAAAGUUUAAAACCUGGAAAAAAGAAAAACAUCUUGCUGGAAGAAGCGACUCCUGCAUCUCCUCUUCCUCCUCAUUCUUCUGAGGGAGACAGUGGCACUACGCAGAUACUUAAGGAUGGAAUUAGUUUGUCUGGUGCAACUGCAGCAGUUAUGUCCACAGUGUGUGUUUACGUCAACAAGCAUGGAAAUUCUGGGCCUCACCUGGAUAAGAAGAAGGUUCAGCAGCUUCCUGAUCACUUUGGACCAGGUCCUGUCAAUGUGGUACUUCAGCAGGCUGUUCAGGCUUGCGUGGAUUGUGCCUAUCAGUCCAAAACAGUCUUUGGAUUUCUGAAAUCUGGCCAUCACGGAGGGCAAAUGAUAACUGCUUCCUUUGAUGGGGAAAAGCACGCCAUCAAUCUUCCUUCUGUAAACAGCGCAUCGUUUGUCCUGCGCUUCUUGGAGAAGCUCUGUCACAGCCUGCAGUGUGAUAAUCUCUUCAGUAGCCAGCCUUUCAGCCCUUACAUGGGAUGUGCACAUAGUCCUGCUGAGUAUGACAGGAACAAACCAGCAAAAGAAGAAAUAUCUGAAAACAGGAGUGCUAAACGGUACUCUCAGGACUCUCCACCGUAUACUGUCCCUCUUUCCCCUAAGCUUCCCAGAAAUGAUGCACAUCCAUCUGAAGCAGAAACUUUACCUAUAGAAGAAAACAGCACUUCCAAAGAACACCGAUUUUCUGAGGACUCCAUGGAUUCCGCACUCAGCUCUGUCAACCCUUCAAGCCCGACCCGUCGAAAUUCCACGGAGUAUCGUGCUUCAGGGAGUGCAGCAUAUUACAGAAAUUCCCUUCAGCCAGGGACUACUACCUCAAAUUCAGCCCCAGCCCUGCGCAGGCUGUCCUUGAGCUCUGCUGGGAGCAGUGGUUACUAUGAAGUUAGUAGGAAUCGAAUACAGAGGCGGAUCGAAGCUGCAAGUUCCACAACUGGACCAGAUCUGAAUUCACUGAAAAGGGAACCUUCAAGAAUGUUGAAUAAGGAUCCUUCCACCUGGUCAAUAGAGGAAGUAAUGCGUUUUGUGAAAGAAGCUGAUCCACAGGCACUAGCUCCACAUGCAGAACUCUUCAGGAGACAUGAAAUUGAUGGGAAAGCACUACUGUUACUGAGGAGCGAUAUGAUCAUGAAAUAUAUGGGACUGAAGCUGGGGCCUGCACUAAAGUUGUGCUACCACAUUGAAAGACUUAAACAAGGGAAGUUCUAGCCAGUGGGAUUACCACAAACUCGUGUGUUUGCAUCACACUAAGCUCUCAGGUUCACAGCCAUCACCUUUAUUUGAAACUAUUUUUCUGAUAUAAAUUGUCUUUAUUCUUUGAAAGUGCUCUCCAAAUGUAAAAAAGACAUUCAGGAUAAAAGGUGUGUGUGUGUGUGAGGGGGAAUCUGUAUUAAGUCCCAGUAUUUUCUGAACUAUUUCAGGAAGUUUGCAGGGAAGGACAGUUGAUCAUACUGGGGGUGGACAGGUCAACGUGCUCUCUGAAACCUGAAAAGUGUGUUCUAUAUUACACACUUCAGCCAGUGUGUUCAUGUUCAGAACCAAAACAGCUGAAUCCCAAAGGAAAAUAAUAAAGCAACCAGCACCAGGUGUUAAUAAUUUUUACAGGGGCAGCUGUAAGCUUUUAUAUUGCAAGAAAAAUUUAAAAUAGAAGGUAUCCUCUCUGUAGAGAGUACCGUGUCUGGUCUUCCAGCAGAGUAACACUCUAAUAUAUCAUUCUAGAUGAUUCUUCCUAGAUUUCCAUAAAGGGAAUAGCCAUAUGAACUGGUCAUGGGAGGGAUGGAAGUGUGGCGACGGAAGGGCUACGGAGGGAGAGGGCUUAAUACAAAUAUAAGCUUUUAUAAAGUGUGAUUAUCGGUCCUUUGCUAAGUUAUGAGGACAAAUGUAGGGUAUAUUGUCAAUUUGUGCAGGCAAUAAAUAUUUCUGUUUCGUGGAAGGGCAUAUUGGCUGUAUAAACAGCCAUUUCUGGGAUGGACUAAUUUAACUGGAACGACGCAUCCACAUUUUAAACAUUCCAUCUUUUUGCCAAGUUUGGUGUGGAUAUAUGUGUUCAUGCUUUUUAUAUAGACACGUGUAUGUGUUGGGGAAAUACAUACUAUAUAUGUGUAAAAAUAUACAUACACACUGUACAUAUGUAUUCAGUUUUUUAACAUGUACUUUGCACUGUGCCAGAGACAACUGUACAGUUUCUUCUUGGUUUUUUUUUUACCAGUUAAUUUAGUCGUGUACUACUUUCAUAUUCAUUA